UCAGUCAAUCAACUAACUCUUGAUGUCAACCACGGAAUCCCCGAUCGGGCAACUUUCCGCCAAUGGAUGGGUCGCCGCCGAUCACGUGCACUUAUCUCUUAUCGAAGCCUGCAGACUCGUCUCUGAGAGUGUACAGUGUCUAUCAUUAUUGUUCUUGUUAUUUCGCUCUCUCUGGUUCUGAUUCCGAUCCUUGAUUCUACUGUGAUCUGCGAUGCCCCUCCGUGUCACUUCCGCGCCGACUGCCGGUAUCCGCAAGACAAAGGCCUCCGUGCCUCGCCCUCGCAACUCUCCCUUUGCAAAGCAUGCCCGCCAAAAGCCCGGUUCGCGGCCUGCCGCGCGCGACAAGGUGGACAGAGACACUGGUAUGUUUGAGGACGAGGAACAGCUCCCGGACCAGGGACUAUCACAAUAUAUCCCGGAGAAUGCGCGAGUGGAGAGCGUCGAAGAUGCCAUCAGGCACAUUCACAAGACCAUGUUCGAAGAGCUGCCAGUGCGCGCGGGGAUGAACAGCACGCGCAUCGCAGAGGUCCUCAACCUGCGCCGGUCGCUGCCACCGCUGGUUUCUGUGGCGCAUGUCCAUACGCUGCUGCAUGCGCCCACCAGGGUGGAAAAAGAAAUCGUGGAUCUGGUCAACGCAGGCCGGGUUCGACGUCUGAUCGUCCCCGGACGAGGAAGUGAUGCGGCGGGGCUGGGGGACUGUCUGGUCUUGACGGAGGACUGGGAGGAGCUCGUAAGGCGUAGUGCUGUGCUGGACCAGUCCCUCAAAGAUAGGUUCCUGGACCUCUUGCGCCUCAUGGGAACGGCGUCAGCAGUGCCAGCGGGCGUCUUCUCAUCUGGUGAUUCGAUGGCUCUCGUCCGCGCCGGCUUUCUCGUCUCAUCGUCCUCACUGGCCAAGGGAUCGUUGAACGUGGCUUCACUGCCCGCGGUGCCGGCGUCGCUGGGUGCUUCCUCCGCCAGUCGAAGUGAUGCUGGCACUCAGCCACUCCAGGCAGCGCAGCCUAGUGACAGCCAGUUUCGCAGCGCCACCAUGUUCCUUUCCCUCCCAAACACAGGCACCUAUCUCCGUCUUCUGGGCCAGGGACGGUCCCAUCUGGUGGAUCUGCUGAAGAAGUCCAAAUUCCACGAAACGCCGCUCUAUCUGCUCCGGGACCGCUGGGAUGGGGCGGUCGAGUCAGACACCCGAUCUGCUCUGGCCAAGAGGGCACGAGGAGAGUCGACAGGCGUCUUGCCGGGGCGGACAAAGAAAUGGAAGCAGCUCUACGGCAUGCACUUUGACUGGGUACUGGAGGAAGCCGUAGGCGCUGGCCUGAUCGAGCUGUUUGACACAGGCAGUGUCGGUCCUGGCGUACGCUGUCUCUAAGCGAACAUGUCCACAAGCGGGGACGAUCAACCGAUCGAG